AUGAUGGAAAGAAUAAGAAAAGAGAUGAUCCUGAUGGAGAGAGGGCUGCACAGCCCUACAGCUGGCAAAAGGCUCUCGAAUUUGUCAGACUCAGCUGGAAAUGCAGUGCUGGAGGCCCUUGAAAAUUCUCCGCACAGUGGUCGCCUCAGCCCGAGACUGACUGCCGCCUCCCUGCACAGCGCUAUAGGGGACAUCUCCGCCAAAGGCAAAUUUGAAAUAGACACUUUAUUCAAUCUUCAGCAUCCGAGCAGUGAAAGCACCGUCUCCUCUGAAAUCCCGCCGUCGGAAAGCAGGAAGAAAAUCAGCCUUUAUUCCGAAGUUGCUCAAGAGGCAGAUAUGAACAGUGAUGUGGAGGUGGGCUGCUCCGCGCUCCGCUCCCCAGCCAGCCUGACUUCCUCCCAGCUGAAGGAAAACAGUAACAAAGGCUACGCGGAGAGCAGCCCGGCUCCCAGCACCCCCGCCGCCGCCGCCGCCCCCGCCGCCGGCAUCGGCAGCCUGCACAGCAGCGGCGCGCUGGGCGGCUCGGCGGCGGGGGGCGACCAGGUGCGGCGGUACCGCACCGCCUUCACCCGCGAGCAGAUCGCCCGCCUGGAGAAGGAGUUUUACCGCGAGAACUACGUGUCGCGGCCGCGGCGUUGCGAGCUGGCCGCCGCCCUCAACCUCCCCGAGACCACCAUCAAGGUGUGGUUCCAGAACCGGCGGAUGAAGGACAAGCGGCAGCGCCUGGCCAUGUCCUGGCCCCACCCGGCCGACCCCAGCUUCUACACCUACAUGAUGACCCACGCCGCGGCCACGGGCAGCUUGCCCUACCCCUUCCACUCCCACGUCCCGCUCCACUACUACCCGCACGUCGGGGUCACCGCCGCCGCCGCCGCCGCCGCCGCCUCGGGGGCCGCCGCCGCGCCCUUCGCCACCUCCAUCCGCCCGCUGGACACCUUCCGCGCCCUCUCGCACCCCUACUCCCGCCCGGAGCUGCUCUGCAGCUUCCGACAUCCCGGCCUCUACCAGGCGCCGGCCGCCGCCGCCGCCGGCCUCAACAGCAGCGCGGCCGCCUCGGCGGCCGCGGCGGCGGCGGCAGCGGCGGCGGCGGCGGCGGGGUCGGGGCCGCCGGGGGGCUCGGCGCCCUGCUCCUGCCUCAGCUGCCACAGCAGCCAGACGGCGGCGGCGGCGGCGGCGGCGGCCUCGGCGCUGGGCUCGCGGGGCGCCGCCGCCGCCGACUUCCCGUGCACGGCGGCGGGGCAGCGCUCCGAGAGCGGCUUCCUGCCCUACUCGGCCGCCGUGCUCGGCAAGGCCGCCGUCGCCUCGCCGGACCAGCGGGAGGAGGCGCCGCUCACCAGAUAA